CUCGGGUCUCAUACAAAUCGGGUCGGUCUCUCCGGUGGCAGAAUUAAAAGCUAAAGCUGUUACACUUAACCAUAUCCGAUAUCCUGAGACCCUCUCAAGUCAUCCCAUAAGCUAAUCGAAGCCACUCUGCUGAUGCCUUGCCAGCUGAUUAAGCUGAUCCUCCUCCUCCUGCUGAGGAUAACGAUGAUCGACGUUGCCAAUGGCACCAUUGCGUGCCAAAUGGAUACUGGGAGGGAGCCAUGGGUCGCCGGCAAUGACUACAGCGUGUCCUGCGACUGCAACGGGGAACUGAAUGUGACCCUGUGGAACGGUGAGACACAACUGGGAUCGGGUGGCGGUGGCCAUGUCAGUGGAAGAGUAAUAAACGCCACGGCCGGCUGGAACGAAAUCAAAUGUGUCAGGUCUUCAGAGCUUCUGAUGGCCACCGAAAAUGUGGUGGUGCGGAUCGAGGUGGACACGGAGAAGGUGGAGUGCCGUUUAGUCAAAACGGAGCUGAGCUGUGCCUUCGAGCGGCCGGAUGAGGAGAACGUCUGGCACGACACCCGCUACCGGUUGAGGUCCAACGCAACGGCUUCAGUGCCGUGCCAGCGAGAGAACGACACCAGCCCGAGGAUGCACUGCAACGGGGUUGUGAAACCGUACUUCACAGAGUACUCCCUCUCCCUGGAGACGUACGACGCAGAGGACCGAAUGCUGUACGCGCAGAACUUCACCCGUAAGAGUGCCGCCAUAGAAGUGCUCCAGUGGAGUACCCUUACCAAGGUAGACCCGCAAGCCAGCCAGACGUGCGUCUUCUGGAGGGACUCGACCACGCCCUCUGACAAAAUCAUUGAAUGGCAGGUGGACCUACGGCUGUCCAACUCCCAGCCAUAUCACGAGAGCUACACGCUGGACGGACAGUUCCAGGCCGAUCGGAUCUACGAGCAGUUCUGCUUCCCGACUCCCAGGUGGGGCCACCAGAGCUACGACUUGACCCUCCGGCGGCGCAUCAAGCCGAACGGCCCCUGGUCCACGCCUCAUCCGCCGAUCAACUUCACCACCCUGGGCAUACCUCCGGCCCGGCCGCCCCAGAUCCUUCCCAACGGCUUCGCGUACUCGCCCCGAGCACGGAGUCUCCGGGUCUUCUGGCUGCGGCUCAACGAAACGGAGUUCAAUGGCCCCAAUAUGACAUAUUUGGUGACUUCGGAACAAGGGAACGCCACCAAAUUGGUGAGCAACGUCUCCGCCAUCUACGAGCAUUGGGAUCCGUCCACCAGAGCCAGGAUCCAAGUAGCUAGCCACAACGAGAACGGAUCUUCCGAGCAUGCCAGUUGGCUGGCAGUGCCGGAGCUGUCCGACGCCGAGAAGCACCAGCCGCGGAACCUCCGCUGGGAGAACACCACCUUGGUCUGGGAUGAGCCGGAGGAUAGCACUAAUCUGAGCGGCCACAUCGUGUACUGGUGUUUCCCGGCCCUGGACGAAUACGAGAUCUGCAACGACACCCAUCCGAUUGAAUGGGAAUGGGUUGCCGACGGGAGUAGCCACCAGUUCCAGUCGAGGGAACUGAACAAGGUGGCCGUGUCGGCCACAUACAGUGACAACUCCACCGGAGGCAUGGUCUGGCUGGGCCACCCACCAGACAGCAUCCGUCAUUCGGGUUCCACCAUCGUGGCCAUGGUGGUCCUGGUGGUCUUCCUCAUCUCCAUACUCCCCGUCAUGGCCACGUAUCGGUGGAUCAGGAAUCAGAGGAACAUCGAGGUGGAACUGCCAGCCUACUGGCAACAUAUCUACGAGGAGCUGAAGAAGGGCAAUCUGGAACCGUCCUCCCAUCCGGAAAAGCCGAUCCCAAUGGAAGAUCUGGCUCCAAGGCGAAAGUUGGGAGUUCCGUCGGAGAAGCUGCUAUCGAGCUCCUUUCCAAAGCCCCAGGAGGACGACUUUAAGCUGCAGAUGUCGAUAUUAGGACCAGCCGUGAUGGAAUAUAAUGACAAUUAUGUGACGCAGGGCGGUAACCUUUGGAACUUCUUGUCAGAGUCGGAUAGUGGUUGCAUUAUCCCACCAUCCGUGGUGGCAACAAGUGAAAAUUGCGACUCCCAGGACUCAGCAACACGGGAUUCCUUGCCAGAAACCACGAACGGUUAUGUCCUUCCGCCACCAGUGCUGUCGGCCAAUAUACCCUCUCAACCCCAGGACACCUCAUUAAGGAACUCCUUGCCGGAACCCAGCAACGGCUAUGUUCUUCCCCCACCACUAUCGCCGGCACUGCCACUGGCACGACCACCGCAGUCCUCAUUGUGGAGCUCCCUGCCGGAGUCGAAUAGCGGCUACGUCCUCCCACCAUCCGUGUGUUCAUCAUCUUUUGCCUCGCCGGACAGGCUACUACCAGGGAACCCAGGGACUAUUUCGAAUUCCUUGUCGGAGCCCAACACUGGCUAUGUUCCAGCACCACCGGCACUGGCACGACCACCGCAAUCCUCAUUGUGGAACUCCUUGCCGGAGUCCAAUAACGGCUACGUCCUCCCACCAUCCGUGUGUUCAUCAUCUUUUGCCUCGCCGGAAAGGAUGCUACAAGGGAGUCGGGGGACUAUUACGAAUUCCUUGCCGGAGCCCAACACAGGCUAUGUUCAAGCACCACCACCGGCACUGGAACGGACAUCGCAAUCGCCACCUCCACGGGACAAAGACUACCUUCCAAUGAAAACUGUAUCCGACGGAUAUUGCCCCUAUUCGCCGAAACGCUGAUCGUCUUUCAAAGGAUAUUCCCCCUUAUUAUUCCUGUAAAUAUUAUUUGCGAAAUUCCUUCUCAAAGGACCGGACUAUCAUUAGUCCUCGGGGAAUAGAUUCUUUUUUUUUUUUUAAUUUAUAUUUAACUUCUAUGCCAUAUUUCUUAGCCAAUAAUACAAGUAUUUUAAAUUAUUCUUUUCACUAAUAAGAAAUAAUAAAAAAAAAAAAAAAACAAAACAACAUUUGAUCAUUUUGAA